AUGUCUUCUCAAGAAGAACCUUCACCAAAAAUCUUAUCGCAAUCUCUACCAGAGUCUACACAUUUCCUAACGCAAAAACCAGAUUCCGCUUCUUCCUCGUCACUUUCGUUAUCACUUUCCAGAUCCUCCAUAGAGUCUGGCACCUCUUCUCCCGUACCAUCUGCUUCCUCAUCACCUGUCGACUCACCUACCCUAAAAAGUUACAGCCACCAACAAAUCCAACAACAAUAUGAUGACACAGUGGCAACGGCAAAUCAACUGCCGAAACUAACGGCUGCUACAAUACCAUCCGAAUUGAUUCUUCACAUCUUCAAGUUCAUCACAUCUACGUCUGAUCUCAAGUCGUGCAUCUUGGUAUGCAAAUCAUGGUGUAGUUGUGGCGUGGAGAUAUUAUGGCAUAAACCUGUGUUUUCCGGGAAUGCAUUGGUCAAAUUGCUCAUCACGAUAUCUCGUCCAACUCAAACCUUCCCGUAUGCACUGCUUAUUCGACGACUCAAUUUUUCUUUUUUAGGUGAAAAUGUCAGUGACGCGAUUUUGAGUCGUUUGAAUGGUUGUGAACGAUUGGAAAGGCUUACGCUUGGUGGAUGUAAGCGAUUGACGGAUAUCGGGCUUAUUGGGUUGAUAAAUAAAGCUGAGGGAUUAGUUGCUUUGGAUGUAUCAGAUAUCAUGAAUUUGACCGAUGCUGUUGUCGAAUUAGUGGGACAAAGAUGCCGUCGAUUGCAAGGACUGAAUGUCAGUCUUUGUAAAAAGAUAACUGACACGGGUGUUAUUGCUGUGGCUUCACGAUGUCGAAGCUUAAGAAGGAUUAAAUUAAGCGGGUGUGAAAAUGUUACUGACAAUUCUAUUGUUCUUCUCGCCGAAAAUUGUCCUCAUUUACUGGAACUUGAUCUCACUAAUUGUAAUCAGAUCACCAACAAUGCUAUCCAACCAGUCCUUGAAAGAUGCGCGCAACUACGAGAACUCCGACUUAACAGUUGCACGAAUUUGACUGACGAAGCGUUCACAAAAAGCAUGCCUUCCUUCUUUGAGCAAUUGCGAAUUCUCGAUCUGACUUCUUGCGCACUAAUUACCGAUCAGACUCUGUUGAAAAUUGUGUACAGUGCACCUAAACUACGUAACCUUGUAUUGGCGAAAUGUGGCAAUAUCACAGAUGAAGGAGUAAAUCACAUUACUCGAUUGGGUAAACACUUGCAUUACCUUCAUCUUGGACAUUGCUCGCGUAUUACGGAUCACUCCAUCACAAAUUUGGCUCGCCAUUGCACACGCUUACGCUAUCUUGACUUGGCUUGCUGUGUUCAGCUCACUGACGCUUCUGUCCAUGAACUUUCUCAUCUACCGAAGUUAAAAAGAAUCGGAUUGGUAAAAUGUGCCAAUAUUACCGAUUCAGCAAUAUAUGCGUUAAUAGAUCACCGUGUGGUUGCUCAUACGCUUGAACGUGUACACCUUUCUUACUGCAUCAAUCUCACUAUAACUGCAGUGCUGGAACUAGUGAACUGCUGUUAUCGGUUAACACAUCUUUCGCUCACUGGUGUUCCUGCUUUUUUACGGUCAGAUCUACAAAGAUUAUGUCGGCCACCACCGAAAGAAUUUAAUCAGCAUCAACGCCAAGUGUUCUGUGUCUUUAGCGGAAAAGGUGUUAAAGAAUUACGACAAUACUUGAACAAUGUGGCUACUGGCUCAGUUCGACCUCGUAUAACCGACGGUGGCCCUGAUGGUACCGAUAAUGAGCUUAACAUCACAAAUGUGGGUGAAGGUGACGAUUUAGGGUUGGACGACUUGGAUGCCGAAGGAACUGAUCUCGUAAUUAAUAUGGAAUCUGAAACCUCUUGUCAACACACUCUUCGGACAGGGCCGGAUCGACCUGGCUUGGUUGUUACUUUUUAUUAUCAUGGUCAGAUUUACGAAAUCGAAGAGCCGCUUCGGGAUGAACUAGGAGCUCUAGUUGCAAAGCUAAUUGAGCAUAAUAAUGUUAUUGAUGAAAAUCAAAAAAAUUCGCCAGACUCUCCGCCUCCAAGCCACUUUGAUCCUACCACCCAACAUGUGUUUAGGUCUAUUAAACGUGGUUUCAAAUACAUGGUGAUAGGAGCUGCCUCGAUAGUUGCUAUAGGUUAUUUAACGGUGCGUGGUGGUCACUUUUAUGUGGAACAUUUUCACUGUGCCACUCCAUCCAUGUUACCCUCGAAAGCGCGUGAUUCUCUUCGUUGGGCAUAUCUACGGGAAGAAAUAGAUCCUGAUCUAAAUAUGGCCCAAUCACAUUUAAACCAAGCUUUACUUAUCGCUCAAGAACAAGCGGACUUACCGUUGACACAUCCAAUAAUAGUUGAGAUCGUGCUUCGAAUAGCAAACAACUCUGUAAGGCUGGGGAAUUUGUAUGAAGCGAGAUUAGAAUAUCAAAAACUUUUACAAGCUUUAACCAUGGCUGGAGGUGAUGAAAAUAUUAAAAAAGCGAUUGAUGUUGUGAGGAGAAUGUCUAAGAUAUGUAUAACGAUGCAAGAUUACAAAAGCGCCGAGAAAUAUUUAGAAUGGGCGAUUGGAAUUUUGACCGCCGGACAAUCGUCGAUUAUUAACAAUUAUAGAUACAUCAACUUGGAUUUAGUUCAAUGUAACUUGAUGCUAGCUGGAAUAUUUGCUAAACGAGAACAAUUCGAGAAAGCACUUUCAUUAUAUUUGGGCACAUUGAAAAAGAUAAAACAACAACUACAAUCGUCCUCAUCGCCGGAAAAUACCGACAAAGAUUCCAAUAAAGAUCACGAGAUAAAUUGGAAUUGUUGGGAGGGAAUCAUAAUGGGUCAUUUAGGCGAGAUUUUUUACGCGAUGGGAAAAGAAGACGAAGCUCUCGGUUGGCUACAACAAGGAUUGAAGAUAGCUAAGAGUGGUGUUGAUGAUGAUAAUGUUGGCGAAAGAAGAGACUGCGACGAAUGUGCCGGUGUAAUUUCAAAUAAUCUUGGAUUAAUAUAUGAAAAAGAUGGAAAACUGUGGAAUGCGGGAGCAUUUUAUACACAAGCUUUUUCUUUUGCAGAAAAGGCCAAUGAUUUAGAAGGGUUAGAAGAGGCGUCGCGUAAUUUGGAGAGAAUAGGAAAAGAGCUUGAAAAAAUUGACAAUGAAUAA